AUGAAUCUCUACAUCCCCAUCCCCACAUCUCUUUAUUUCUAUCAAAAUUUGGCAUCGCUGAGUGAUCUCCUGCUCAACACGUUUAUUUUGCAAAGGGUGUUCAACUGCUGGAGAAAUGAAAAAUCAAAACCAACGCGCGUCCCAUCGCGUGGUGAUAAUCCGUUACUCUUCGCCCUCCCUACCCUCACCACCACCCUCGACGCGAUGAACGACAAAUUCAAUGAUUUACCGGGGAUAGAUACAACAAGCCAAGAGGUGUUUGAGACUUCUGACACCGAGGCAGACCAAGCACCAGCACAAGUUUCAAACGAGGAGUUUCUAAGUAGCGCACGGUUUGAUGAGUCAAGAAAACAAUUUCUUAACCAAGUUGUCACCAAUCGAGGGUUUGAUUUCUCGGGCAAUGUCACCAAUCUCAGUGGGUACCAAGUCAAGGAAGUGAGCGAGACUCGGGAGGACAAGUUGAGCCGAAUACGCAGAGAAUUGGAUGAGAUGAGAGUUGAAGACGGAGAGGAGGAAGGUGACGAUGAUGGGGGUGAUGAGGAAAGGAGAGUCCCGGUGGUUGAUGAGUUGUAUUCUGCCUUGUUAGCUUUGAAGCUGAAUCGGCCGGUGAAACCAAAGAUUUUCCAAGCCGAUGACAUGCGGUUGGACUCGAUUUUCGAGUUGGAUAGUCCGACGGCGGGCAUUAAAGCUUCGCAAUGGCGACAGCUUGGCGAGUUUGAACAAGAGUUGAGCCAAUUGGAAAAGAGAAUAGGUCCAAGCGACGCUUCAUCACAAUCUGUGCAGUUUGCAGUGAACGAUCUUCGACGAAAACUAGACACUAUAGAACACCCCGAAAAUUGCAUCACUGCAAUUGAAAAGCAAAUGGAGUCGCUUUUCAAAGAGAUCAACAAGUUGGAGUUGAAUAAAAAGGUAUUUGGAAUUGAAGAAACACCAAAGUUGAAAGUCGACAAGAUUGACAACAUCUAUAACGUCUUGCCCAACUUGAAGCAGUACGCUGACCAUGCGCCUAUUUUGUUGGAGAGAUUGAAAACUUUGAAUUCUGUUCAUAACGAGAUUAUCGAUGCGGUUGAAUUUGCAAACAGCCUAGACGCAACUAUACACGAUGCAAUUGAAGAUAUGAAAAAGUGGGACCAAUCAAUUAACGGCUUGAAUGAAAAGAUUGAUUCUUCAAAGCUGAUAUUUGAAUCGAAUCAAGCCAAGAUAGAGGAGAGAGUUGAUGAAUUGGUGAACAAAGUGAAUCUUUUGCAAAAAAAAAACAGCGCAGCCAGCUAG